CGCUGGCCGCGCACAGGGACUGUCUAGCGCCCCUUGCGUCUGUGCUCCUCGCGGGAAAGGCUGCGUGGCCCGGCCUCCUGCCGGCCUCCGCCUGCCGCCCCCAUGUUGGGCUUUCCGACCUGUUUCCCGUCCUUCCGGGUGGUGGGAGAGAAGCAACUGCCGCAGGAGAUCAUUUUCCUGGUCUGGUCGCCCAAGCGGGACCUCAUUGCGUUGGCCAACACAGCGGGCGAGGUUUUACUUCAUCGACUUGCAAGUUUUCAUCGAGUUUGGAGUUUCCCACCAAAUGAAAAUACAGGAAAGGAAGUGACCUGCCUGGCUUGGAGACCAGAUGGCAAACUUUUGGCCUUUGCUCUUGCUGACACCAAGAAAAUUAUUUUGUGUGAUGUAGAAAAACCUGAAAGCUUGCAUUCCUUUUCUGUGGAGGCUCCUGUUUCUUGCAUGCAUUGGAUGGAAGUGACUGUGGAAAGCAGUGUUUUGACAUCUUUUUAUAAUGCAGAGGAUGAAUCAAAUCUUCUCUUACCUAAACUACCUACAUUACCAAAAAAUUACAGCAACACCUCAAAAAUAUUUAGUGAAGAAAAUUCUGAUGAAAUAAUUAAGCUCUUGGGAGAUGUCAGGCUUAAUAUUCUUGUCCUUGGAGGGAGCUCUGGAUUUAUUGAACUUUAUGCUUAUGGGAUGUUCAAAAUUGCUCGAGUCACAGGGAUCGCUGGCACGUGUCUCGCACUGUGUCUGUCAAGUGACCUGAAGUCAUUAUCCGUGGUCACAGAGGUGUCUGCCGGCGGGGCUUCAGAGGUGUCUUACUUUCAGCUUGAAACCAAUCUGCUAUACUCUUUCUUACCUGAAGUAACUCGCAUGGCCAGGAAAUUUACACACAUUUCAGCUCUUUUACAGUAUAUAAACUUGUCGCUGACAUGUAUGUGUGAAGCUUGGGAAGAAAUCCUCAUGCAGAUGGAUUCCCGUCUCACUAAGUUUGUACAGGAAAAGAACACAACCACCUCAGUGCAGGACGAAUUCAUGCAUCUGCUGCUGUGGGGGAAGGCAAGUGCUGAACUUCAGACCCUCUUGAUGAACCAGUUAACAGUAAAGGGUUUAAAAAAGCUUGGCCAGUCUAUAGAGUCAUCAUAUUCCAGUAUACAGAAAUUGGUUAUAAGUCACUUGCAGAGUGGCUCCGAGUCUCUGUUGUACCAUUUGAGUGAAUUGAAAGGAAUGGCUUCAUGGAAGCAGAAAUACGAACCCCUUGGCCUGGACGCCGCAGGCAUUGAAGAUGCUAUCACUGCUGUGGGUUCUUUCAUACUCAAGGCCAACGAACUUCUUCAAGUUAUCGAUAGUAGUAUGAAAAACUUCAAGGCAUUUUUCCGGUGGUUGUAUGUGGCAAUGUUGAGAAUGACAGAGGACCACGUGCUUCCUGAGCUGAAUAAGGUGAUGACUCAGAAAGAUAUUACUUUUGUUGCUGAAUUUCUGACAGAACAUUUCAAUGAGGCUCCUGACCUUUAUAAUCGAAAAGGAAAAUACUUCAAUGUUGAAAAAGUUGGUCAGUACUUGAAAGAUGAAGAUGACGACCUGGUGUCACCCCCUAACACAGAAGGGAACCAGUGGUAUGACUUUCUUCACAACAGCAGACACCUUAAAGACAGUCCUUUGCUGUUUCCUUAUUACCCUCGAAAAUCAUUGCAUUUUGUGAAAAGGCGGAUGGAGAAGAUUAUUGACCAGUGUUUGCAAAAGCCCGCCGAUGUAAUUGGCAAAUCAAUGAAUCAAGCAAUCUGUAUCCCAUUAUAUAGAGAUGCCAGAAGUGAGAAUUUGACACGCAGAUUGCUCAAAUUUCCUUUCCUGUGGAAUAAUAAAACUUCAAGUCUACAUUAUCUUCUUUUUACAAUUUUAGAAGAUUCAAUUUAUAAAAUGUGCAUUUUAAGAAGACAUACUGAUAUUUCCCAAUCUGUAAAUAAUGGAUUAAUCGCUGUUAAAUUUGGGAGCUUCACAUAUGCCACAACUGAAAAAAUCAGGAAAAGCACCUACAGUUGUCUCGAUGCCCAGUUUUAUGAUGAUGAAACUGUAACAAUAAUUCUUAGAGACACAAUGGGGCGUGAAGGAAGAGACAGACUCUUAGUCCAGUUGCCUCUGUCUUUAGUGUACAACAGUGAAGAAUCUGCCGAGUUCACUGGGAGUUACUCUACCAGGCUGGAUGAGCAGUACAGUGUUAUCCCAGCACGCACAGUCCAUUUUGAGAAGCACUGGAGAUUACUGGAAAGUAUGAAAGCACAGUAUGUUGCUGGAAAUGGUUUUCGGAAAGUGUCCUGUGUGUUAAGCUCAAACCUCCGCCAUGUGAGAGUGUUUGAGAUGGACAUAGAUGACGAGUGGGAGCUGGAUGAGUCUUCUGACGACGAUGACGAGGAUGAUGAUGACGACGACGACGAUGACGAUGACGACGAGGAGGAGGAGGAGGAAGAGGAGGCGGGGAGCAACGUUGUGAAGAUGAAGGAGGAAGUGCUGUCGGAGUCAGAGGCAGAGAGCCAGCCAGCAGGUGCCGCCGCCACGGCGCAGACUGCCGAGAUGGUCAUCAGCGCGGAGAAGCUGGACCCUGAGCUGGAUGCGUAG